AGUUUGUAAUCGACAGCUUAUAUAGGUGUAACUUAACGACCAACGUAGUCUUGCGUUUUGCAACACUAUUUUUAUAGUUUGUGAUUUUAAAGAAACAGGAUAUGACCUUACGUUGUUGUUGGGGUCACUUAUAUUUGUCACCACUCAUACCAAAACCUUAAGAGUCCGUAUCCUUUCAGAUCAAUUCAUUAUUUGCGGUUUGAAAAUCCCGGUUGAUUGUGUAUAGCGAAUUGAUUAAUAUCGUGCGUUUUUGCAUAUUAAUUGCGGUUAUAUCUAUGUCUUUAUUUAUGUUUUGUUUGGUGUUAAGUUAUGGUAAAUAUCAUGGUCGUUUUGUUAUUAUGGCAAAAAGCGUUGAUGUCAAACCAUUAGUAAAGUAGCAUACUGAUGUUAAGUUGCUUCGUCAUUUUCAAUUUUCAUUGAGGUACGUGGAGUCUUUCGAUCAAUGAAGUAAUCAACGAAACCUAUAUUCUUUCGUCUAUGACCGAGCUGCGUUCAAGGCAGUUACUUUUUGAGACGUAAGGGCAUUUGCAAUAUCGAUCAUCAAUAUUGCAGGCGCUUUUUCUCUGCGAGCAACGGACCUUCUGGGGCACUUUAGUACGAACGAUGCUGUGUUGUUGCUGGUAGCUUCGGGCUAUAUUUACUUGGCUGUCAGUUACAACAGUGAAUAGAGGAGAGUUGAUAUAAUUGUAUGGUUAGCCACGUAACAGUCGACGCAUUAAACAAAACCUGUCACAAACAGACUUCGGUAGCACCGAAUUAAAUAAUAUUAGUUGUAUAGGCUUUACAGUAUCUUAAGUAUCGGAAACUUUUAAGAUAGCAGAUAACCGGACGUUUGUUCAAUAUUCGACCAAGUUAUACCGCUGUAGUUGCUGAUCAACUAAAGUUAGCGUGGAAGCAAGGAGAUGUCCUUGUUUCGGAAGUUGGUAAAGAGAGCGGAAGACUCCUCUACUGAUCCAACAAGUGAUGCAGCGGAUGCUCCGACAACAACACAACCUCCGGCACCAGGAGGAGAUACUCCGGAGGAUGUCUUGAAAGGAGCAAUUGACAACAUUUACUCAAAACUUCCAAGUUGGGCAUGGAUUCUGAUCGCAAUUGGGGCAGGACUUAUAUUGUUAUGUGUCCUAUACUGUUGCUGUAAACGAUGCUGCUGCAAAAAGAAGAAGAAAAAGCAGGAAAAGAAAGGCCUAAAGAACGCUAUAGAUCUCAAAUCUGUAAAGAAUAUGGGUGACAGUUACAGAGAAAAAGUCCAACCUGACGUUGACGAAGUUGAUAUCGGUGAAAAAGAAGACGAAGAAGAGAAGAAAUUGGGAAAGUUGCAAUUUUCACUUGAUUAUGAUUUCCAACAAAACAAUUUGGCUGUCGGGGUAAUUCAAGCUGCGGAUCUUCCUGGAAUGGACAUGGGAGGGACUUCGGAUCCUUAUGUCAAAGUAUUCAUGCUUCCUGACAAGAAGAAAAAGCAAGAAACCAAAGUCCAUCGAAAAACAUUGAACCCGGUUUUCAACGAAACAUUCAAUUUCAAGGUACCAUACAAUGAAAUUGGUGGAAAAACUUUGGUUUUCGCCGUUUACGACUUUGAUCGCUUCUCAAAACACGAUAUUAUCGGUGAAGUGAGAGUCCCUAUGAACCAAGUCGAUCUUGGUACGAUCACUGAAGAAUGGAGAGACUUAACCAGUGCCGAAAACGACAAAGAAAACGAAAAACUUGGAGACAUUUGCUUUUCACUGAGGUAUGUCCCUACAGCUGGUAAACUCACAGUCGUUAUCUUGGAGGCGAAAAACUUGAAAAAGAUGGAUGUUGGAGGAUUAUCGGAUCCCUACGUGAAGAUCACACUGAUGCAGGGAGGAAAACGUUUAAAGAAGAAAAAGACGACGAUUAAAAAGAACACACUUAACCCCUACUUUAACGAGUCGUUUAGCUUUGAAGUCCCAUUCGAACAAAUACAGAAAGUUGCCUUGGUGGUGAGCGUCUUCGACUACGAUAGGAUGGGAAAGAAUGAUCCGAUUGGAAAGCUAGUGCUCGGAUGUAAUGCCUCCGGUACCGAACUGCGACAUUGGUCAGACAUGUUGGCUUCGCCACGACGACCCAUAGCGCAAUGGCAUACUCUGCAAAUGGCGGAAGAAGGCUAGAGUUUUCAACAGGAAGUUUUUUCUUGUAAUAACUAAAGCGGUUAGAAACUCGCCGCUUACCUAAACAUGUAGUAAAAACGUAGAUCAGCUGAGACAACAAUUUCACAAGUUCCACAUAUAUAUAUUCCUGCACUUCGACACUCAAACCUCCACGGCAAGAUUGCUUUUUCCUAUUUAUUUAUUCCGAGCUGUAUAGUCAGUACAACGAAUCCGAAUUUCUGCAAGCUUGCUUAACGCUUCAAAUGUCUUAAAUUGUCGUUCGUGGUUAUCAAUGUUAUCGUUACCACGGGUACAUGAAUAUUUCGUGCAAUCAAUGUCGUUAGAUCGUAAUCGAAUGUUGUAGACUGUACUGCCCGCUAACCCUUUUCCGAAUAUAUGUUAUCCGUCCACUAACACAACACAUUGACGCAAUCUAUUACUUUAAAAUGUCACCGCAAAGGCACUUGACAUACGAAAAACAGCGGUAAACAGACGCACAUUCAAGAAAUUGUAUCCGUAUGGUUAACCAUUGUCGUAGCAGUGUUUCCUGUUAAUUUCAAGAAAAACACAAUAACAACAACAACAGUAUCUCAAAAUGGCCAUUUAGAUUAGGUUAUCGUGUAGUUACAUUGGCUUAUCAGAGAAAGCACUCGGUCCAGCAAACCCGUUGGCCGGAUAAGAAACGGUGCAUGUAAAAUCAAUAUAUCGAGCGCUGAUCGAUAUUAAAGAAAUUAGAUUUGCAUUGCCCUUUACUCUGCAGCUUUAAUAUUCGCUUUGUAAAAUUACUGGUCUCCAAAUAAAAGCUCUGCUCGAAUGCAUAAUUUUGUGUAUACCACAAAACUAAAUCUAACCGGAUCCCAAACCGCAUUUUACUGGUUCUGUAUAGCCAACCGCUAAGUCAUGCCAUAGGCAAAUACGUCAUGAUUAAAUUUGGCGUGUCGUAUGUCAUCAAGAUGAUGUAUGACCAUACCCAUGUCGUCUAUGUUAUAUAAGCCUAGUUUGUGCAUCGUACGUCGCUGUAGAUCGAAUUUCAUUGGCUUGAUUCAGAAUUCCCACCGGUGUAAGAUUGCGUUUUCUCCUUGUUGCUUUUUAUUUGAUCAAUAUUCUGCUCUGUUCCUUGUAUAGUUUCUUUAUAAUCUUCCCAUGUCGUCACAUGUCAUUAUUUAUCUGCUUUAUUAUAAGACUACGAAACCCUUCAGUUUUCUUUGCUUUGCCACGAUAGUAACUUCUGCGUAGUUAUAUCACAACUAUGUGUCUACGAACUGUUCUGUACAUAAGUGAACGUACAUGUUUAUCAACGGUGUGCAGCAUUUGGUUGGGAAUAUCGUAAGGGUGCAUAACUUUCUUCUUAUUUUAUGCAAGUCUUUUGGUCUGUUGGUUUUAGUGUUGUGACGGUUUGGGUUUGUGGGUGUUUUUAGUGGUCAUGAAUCAUGAUUUCAAUUUGCACACAGCUCUGAUUUUACCACCCUAAUUGGGGUGGGUGUAAAAACUGAGCUUUUAGUAACUGUACAUAACUUGGUUGUCGUCAGGUAGUUGUGUACACCGUAAUGUUUAUGUAUGAAGUACUUUGCCGUAGAAAAGCAAAUAUAGGUAAAUCCAAUCAGUACAUUGCAGUAACUUUUGUAUAUUUAUGAAUAUCAGCUUCUUUAUGUUACUUUGUGGUUCGUUUACUCCUGAUAUAACUCGUCGUAACUGAAUAACUAACCGUGCACUUUUAUCUUCAUUUUCACCAUUUAUGUCGUAACACACGAGUCAACGUCACAAUAAUGUCGAUAUUCGACCACGAAAUAAAGCUCCCAAAGCUAACAUGAA